CUGUUGUGCGAUUCGCAUGUCGGACAGGAAAAUGGGUAGAUCAUGCUGCCAACGACACUGGCCGACACGGUCGAGAAACAGCGAGUGCUUCAGAUCCGGCUCGAGACCGGACUUGAUGCCGUUGUAGAAGUAUGGCUCACCCGGUCGUAUGCCGCUCAGUGCCACCACCAGCGCGCACAGUAGCGAAGAGCGCAGGCGUAACAUAAUCACGGUAAUGAGCCGCACAUAAACGUGAUAUGUUGCUUUUUGUAUAGCUCAAUUUCGGCGCUCGUUAGUGUGAUCAAAAUCAAGAUAGUCCGGUUAAUAAGGCAGGUUAAUAGAGUACUUUACAGAACAAGGCCACCGAUCACCGAUCUGUUAGUCUCAUUCGUGCCACCGUCAGCGUCAUGGUUAGACGCACCUGUUUAGUGGUCGUGCUGUUUGCUACCACCAUCCUUACCCCCCUCGAUGGAGCGCAGGACAUUUUCUCCAUACUGAAACCGGUGGGCAGUCCGGUUGGCUCGGUCGGGCGCAAGAAGCUCUUCGUGACGCGCGUCGGCCAGUGCGCGGGCAAGAAAAACCUGCCCGUGUAUGUGCCGGAUAUGCGUAUUGCGGCGCACAAUCGCACCAGCUACGUGGUCAGCGGAGAGGUAUACUUUCGCGAGAACAUACCCAGCUAUCGGCUCUCGGUGGCGAUCAAGCAGUGUGACGACAUGCGGGCAACGGUCAACUGUCGCCCGUUUCUGAGCAACAUCGUCAAUACGGACGGGUGCGCACUGCUGCAAGCAUCGGGCACGAUGUACGGCGAGUAUUUGCAAAACUUUCGGCCCCCGUUGAAAUGUCCGUUCUGGAACGGGACGUACGUGAUGGGGCCAACGCUGGUGGACGAUGGUUUGGUGAAAUAUUUGCCCGGUUCGGGCAGCACCUAUUGGGAGGUACGCAUGACGGGUCGCAUACGGGAGCGUUUGAUGUACUGCGUGGUGAUGCAGCUGAAUGUGCGGCCGAAGAAGUCUUCCAGCAGUCGUAACUAAUUAUCAUAGGACGGGAUUGUUGAAUCUGGAAUGUA